AAAGAAAAAAAAGGCUGAUCUCAGAUAUGUUGUUGUGUAAUUUCUGUUACAUAGCACUAUUAGUGUAAUAAAAAAUAAAUUCGAGUGUGAUGACACCUCCUUAUCUUCUGUUUGUUGGCCUUCUCUUUCUUGUCCAUUGUCUCAUCAUUUAGCUCCAUUUAAAUACUUCCAUUUUCCAUCAAAACCCCAAAAAAUGAAAAAAAAUAAAAAAAGUUAACAGUCCUAUCUUAGUGCCCAACAAAACUGUUUCUUUUCAUUUGGUGGGAAACUUGUGAUUUUUCCAAGAAUUUGGAAACUCUCUUUUUUCCAUCUCUUUUGCUUUAAUCCUUUUUUGGGGUUUCCUUUGAAACAAACGGAGAAAUUGAUCGAGCUGCAUGCUUUUCUUGGAUGGAGAAAAAAGCUUUGAGCUUUGUUUGGAGCUCUGGUUUUCUCUCUGGAGGAAUCUUGAAAUCUUUGCAGUGUUGAUGUCUGCUUCUGUUUGUACUGAUCUGCACAAGCCCAUGCCAAUAAUAGAGAUGAUAUAUACAGACUGGAAUCCUUGUCUCCUCAUGUGAAAAGACCAUUCUGCCCCUCCCAAUUCCCCCCAAAUGGCCAAACCAUCCAAAUCCAUUUCCCUCCAAAUCCUAACUGUUUUCUUGAUCUCAUUAUCCUGUUUCAAGCCAUCCCAAAGCCUAAAAUCAGAGGUGGAAGCCUUGCUAGAAUUCAAGAAACAGAUAGUUGAUCCCUUAAACUACUUGGAAUCAUGGAAAGAUUCAGAUUCAGAUUCCCCUUGUAGAUUCUAUGGAGUUCAUUGUGAUCAAGAAAUGGUCACUGGGAUCUCUCUAGACAACCUGUCCCUCUCAGGGCAGAUAUCCCCAUCGCUCUCCGCCUUGCGGGGCCUCGCCUCCCUCGUCCUCACAUCUCACUCGCUAACGGGGCCUCUCCCGGGUGAGCUGAGCAAGUGUUCACACCUCAAAGUUCUCAAUGUGUCUGGUAACUACUUGACUGGCAGCAUACCUGACCUCUCCAUGCUGACCAACUUGGAAUCACUUGAUUUGUCCGUUAACUCGUUCACGGGGCCACUUCCGAGGUGGGUCGGGAACCUGACCGGUUUGGUGUCAUUAGGCUUAGGUUGGAACACUUAUGAUGAGGGUGACAUUCCUGAGAGCAUUGGCAACUUGAAGAGGUUGCAAUGGCUCUUCUUGGCUAACUCGAGCUUGAGGGGCGAGAUCCCUGAAUCCAUCUUUGAUUUGGAGGUGCUAGGCACGUUGGAUAUGUGCAUCAAUAAGAUCACGGGGAGGUUUCCGGCGUCCAUCACCAAGAUGAGGAGGUUGUUCAAGAUUGAGCUGUACACGAACAACCUCACGGGCGAGAUCCCAGCCGGGCUGUCCAAUCUGACCGAUCUCGAGGAGUUUGAUGUGUCGGACAACCAAAUGCAUGGCGUGAUCCCAAAGGAGAUCGGGGGAUUGAAGAAGCUAACCGUGUUCCACUUAUUCAAGAACAACUUCUCGGGAGAGAUUCCAGCGGGUUUCGGGGAAAUGCAGCGGCUCAACGCAUUUUCCAUCUACAAGAAUGCCUUCACGGGCGAGUUUCCACGGAAUCUAGGACGUUUCUCGCCGUUGAAUAGCAUAGACAUAUCUGAGAACAGGUUCUCCGGUCCGUUUCCUAAGUACUUGUGUCAGAACAAGAACCUCCAGAACUUGCUCGCAUUGGGGAACGAUUUCUCUGGGGCGUUUCCUGAUGGUUAUGCUGAUUGUAGCCCCCUGCAGAGGCUGCGGAUCAGCCAGAACCGGCUUAAUGGGGUCAUCCCAGACGGGGUGUGGGCGCUUCCAAACGUGCAAGUCAUGGAUUUUAGUGAUAAUGCUUUCACGGGAAGGAUAUCACGGGGCAUUGGGGCGUCGUUGCAGCUGACGGAGCUGAUGCUGUCGAACAACAGAUUCUCAGGCGAGCUGCCUCGAGAGCUCGGAGGUCUUGCCCUAAUGGAGCGUAUCAACUUGGACAACAACAACUUCUCCGGCCGGAUUCCAUCAGAACUCGGGGCAUUGAAGCAGAUCACGUCGUUGCAUUUGGAAGGGAACGCCUUAUCCGGAUCAGUGCCCGCGGAGUUGGCUGACUGCCCAAGAUUGGUGGACUUAAAUCUUGCUUCCAAUUUACUGAGUGGUGGAAUUCCGAGCAGCUUCUCGAGCAUGGCCUCGUUGAACUCGUUGAAUCUCUCAAGAAACGAGCUAACAGGAUCGAUUCCAAGGGACUUCGACAGGCUGAGGUUCUCAUCUGUGGAUCUGUCGAACAACCGUCUAUCAGGAAGCGUGCCUCCUUAUUUCGUGAUGGUGGCUGGUGACAAGGCGCUUGUUGGGAACGACGGCCUCUGCCUCGAUGACGACGACAACGAGGAGGAAAAAAAGAACAAAUCAACAAACUCUGCCUUGCCUGUCUGUGUUCAUCACAGAAAUGGCCACAAGAGCUUGAUCAAGAGCAAGCUAGCGAUGUCAUGCAUCAUACUGGUCGCCCUCGUUGUCUUUCUCAUUGGGCUGCUGCUCGUGAGCUAUAGGAACUUCAAGAGAGGUGAAGCAAACGGACGAAUGGCAGAUGAGAAGGGUGUGCUCCCUUGGAAGCUCGAGAGCUUCCAACAAGUGGAGUUCGAUGUGGAUGAUAUAUACGAUGUGGAUGAGGAUAACUUGAUCGGGAGCGGGAGCACUGGGAAAGUGUAUCGCCUCGAUUUGAGCAAGGGAUGUGGAACUGUUGCUGUGAAGCAGUUGUGGAGGGGCAAUGGGGUGAAGCUUAUGGCUGCAGAGAUGGAGAUUCUUGGGAAGAUUAGGCAUAGGAAUAUACUCAAACUAUAUGCUUGCUUGAUGAAGGAAGGCUCGAAUUUCUUGGUUUUUGAGUAUAUGUCGAAUGGUAACUUGUUUCAAGCGCUGCACAGAGAGAUCAAGGCCGGGAAGCCGGAGCUGGACUGGUAUCAGCGAUAUAGGAUUGCAAUCGGGGCUGCAAAGGGGAUCGCCUACUUGCACCACGACUGCAGCCCGCCUAUCGUCCACAGAGACAUCAAGUCGACUAACAUACUGCUCGAUGAGGAAUACGAGGCCAAGAUUGCUGAUUUUGGCGUUGCGAAGGUUGCUGAUCAGUCCUCUCCGAGGGGAUCCGAGUGGAGCAGCUUUGCCGGAACCCACGGCUACUUUGCACCCGAGAUGGCCUAUUCACUCAAGGUGACGGAGAAGAGCGACGUGUACAGCUUCGGGGUCGUGCUGCUGGAGCUUGUGACGGGGAGGAGGCCAGUGGAGGAGGAGUACGGGGACGGGAAAGACUUGGUGUAUUGGGUUUCGACUCAUCUCAACAGCCGGGAGGCUGUGAUCAAGGUUCUUGAUCACAAGGCGGUGUCUCAGCUCGUUGAAGACGACGCGAUCAAGGUGCUGAAGAUUGCGACGCUAUGCACGUCGAAGCUCCCGAAUCUGCGGCCAAGCAUGAAGGAGGUGGUCAAGAUGCUUGUGGAUGCUGAGCCUGGUGCCGCCUUGAGGUCUCCAGACAGUGUGGGGAAGCAAGGUUUUUGAUUUGGUUUUCUUGCGUAGAUAGUUUGUAUGGUUUUAGUGUUUUUGAGAUUUUAGGGUGAUUGAAAUCUCACUAUAUAUAUAUAUAUAUAUAUAUAUAUAUAUAUAUUUUAUAUGGAUUAUUAAUGUCUCAUUUUGUAUGAUUUGAACAGAAAAUUUUACUUCUGUAGAUUUUUGAUUCAUGCAGGCAGGAAGUGCUGCUUGGGGUUAUUACUAGUAUUUAUAUAUCGAAUUAAAUAAAUUGACUCUAGGAGCUUGCAAAAA